AUGGCAUCAGUCUACGCCCCAGCCCCAGAGCCGAAAACCGAGCUGGGGAGAUAUCGAAUCCUUUCUUCUACGGCUGGUAUUCGUGUGUCGCCUCUCCAGUUAGGAGCGAUGUCUAUUGGUAAUGGGUGGUCCGAGUUCAUGGGCUCGAUGGAUAAAGAGCAGUCUUUUAAACUUCUUGAUUAUUUCUUCGAAGCUGGUGGCAACUUCAUCGACACUGCAAAUUGCUAUCAAGAUGAUGAUUCCGAGGCAUGGCUCGGCGAAUGGAUGUCGGCACGAAAGAACCGUGACCAGAUGGUCAUUGCUACAAAAUAUACGACUGAUUACAAGUCGUACGCCCUCGGCAAAGGGCGGACGCCUAAUUCUUCUGGCAACUCGCGACGAAGCAUGCACAUGAGUGUCCGUGACUCACUCCUCAAACUUCAAACCGAUUGGAUCGACAUACUCUAUGUUCAUUGGUGGGACUUUACCACUUCCGUCAAAGAAAUCAUGGAUAGCUUGCACGUUCUCGUUGAGCAAGGCAAAGUCCUCUAUUUAGGGGUAUCAGACACCCCGGCUUGGAUCGUGAGUGCGGCUAAUGAAUAUGCUGCUGCGUUUGGAAAGACUCCGUUUAGCAUUUACCAGGGUCGCUGGAAUAUUAUGCUACGUGACUUUGAAAGGGAAAUUAUCCCAAUGGCCCGUCAAUAUGGAAUGGCUCUUGCGCCAUGGGAUGUUCUCGGCGGAGGCAAGUUCCAAACGAAGAAGGCCUUAGAAGAACGGGCGAAAAAGGGCGAAGGCCUACGUUCUACACGCGGCAAUGACCAAAAUGAGGACGAGAGGAAAUUCAGCGAGGCGUUGGAGAAGGUUGCCAGUGAACAUGGCAUCGAGUCCAUUACGGCAAUUGCACUCGCUUAUGUACGAGCCAAGGCCACUCGUGUAUUUCCUAUGGUCGGCGGCCGCAAGAUCGAGCAUCUUAGAGAUAACAUCCAGGCCUUAAGCAUCAAGUUGUCGCAAGAGCAGGUAGCGUACCUGGAAAGUGUGAAGCCCUUCGAAAUUGGAUUUCCCAACAACUUCAUCGGGCCCGAUCCCCACGUCACGGGUCAGUUCACGGGGCUGGCGGCGGCAAGCGCAGCCCUGCAAGUUGAACAGUUACCCAAGCCGACGGGUCUUGCUUGA